UUUUUUAAAAUUGUAUUUUUCUGCACAUUUGCCCAGCUGCAGUUGACUAAGGCUUCUUCUUCCUUCUUCUUCUUCUUCUUCUUCUUCUUCUGUUCUGCUCUGCUCCUCGUAGUGCUUUCCACGUCCUCAUGCCAGCUCGUCACCGCUCAGCUUGAGCUUGGAAUGCCCUCAAAAGCAGGAAAGCAAGCAGGGAGACAGCAAGCGUGGGAGAUGGUACCACCACAGCGAAGCGCAACGCACCAGCCGCACCUUCUGCAGGUCUUUCAAUGGCUGCUACCUCUUCUUCCCUUCGCUCUCAAUUUGUAACUGAAACCAUAGUUUCUGCUGCUCCAAUUGACCUCACCUGCUCUGUUAAAUUAAGCUCUCGCAUUCACUCGCAAUAUUCUAAUCUCGCCCCCUUUUUCUCUUGUUUAUUUUACCCCGUUGUUUGACCUAGCUCUCUCCACCAUAUAGAGCGUCCUUAGGUGUUCCCUCCUCACCCACUUGACCUCCAGAUGAACUCCUCGUCUUCCUGCUUGCUUGUUGAUGGCUUUUCGUUGGGCAGAGGCCCUAAAGAUGCAAUCUUGGCAGUGAUUCUGUGAAGAUGAAGCUGUUGCGUUUGUAAUGAGCUCGGUGAGUUCUUGACUUCUUCAAGCAUGGAUCUCGAACGCGGCGGCGGCGGCGGCGGCGGCAGUUACCUUGACCUGGGAAAGAAGGGUUCGUGGUGGACGGUGGUGACAUUGGCGUAUCAGAGUUUGGGAGUGGUGUACGGCGACCUGAGCACGUCGCCGCUGUACGUGUAUAAGAACACCUUCGCGGAGGACAUCGAGCACUCGGAGACGAAUGAGGAGAUCUACGGUGUGCUAUCCUUCGUCUUCUGGACGCUCACUCUUGUUCCACUUCUCAAGUACGUCUGUAUCGUGCUCCGCGCCGAUGACAAUGGCGAAGGUGGCACCUUUGCGCUCUACUCCCUCCUCUGCCGCCACGCCCGCGUCGGAUUCCUGCCCAACGGGCAACUCGCCGACGAGGACCUCUCCACGUACAAGAAGAUGGACGGCGGAGGCACCGCUGCGUCGCUGGGCGGCGCAGCGGCGGCCUCUAAGGUAAAGAAGCUUCUCGAGAAGCACCAGGUGCUGCAGCGCUUGUUAUUGAUCCUUGCUCUGAUUGGGACCUGCAUGGUAAUUGGGGACGGCGUUCUUACACCUGCAAUUUCUGUUUUCUCGGCUGUUUCAGGCCUUGAGUUGUCCAUGUCCAGGGAACAACACAAGUACGUUGAGGUUCCUGUUGCAUGUGCCAUAUUAGUUGCUUUGUUUGCCCUGCAACACUAUGGCACACAUCGGGUUGGCUUUCUGUUUGCACCGAUCGUCGUUACUUGGCUCAUAUGCAUCAGCGCGAUCGGUGUUUACAACAUUUUUCACUGGAACCCUCAUGUGUAUCAAGCUCUUUCUCCCUACUACAUGUACAAAUUUCUGAAGAAAACUCAAAGAGGAGGUUGGAUGUCUUUGGGAGGAAUACUAUUGUGCAUAACAGGUUCUGAAGCUAUGUAUGCUGACUUGGGGCAUUUUUCACAGUUAUCGAUACAGAUUGCUUUUACUUCCAUGAUUUAUCCUUCCUUGAUCCUUGCAUACAUGGGACAAGCUGCUUAUCUAUCGAAACAUCAUAUUAUAGAAAGUGACUACCAUAUCGGGUUCUAUGUAUCUGUGCCAGAGAAAUUAAGGUGGCCAGUUCUGGCAAUUGCUAUAUUGGCAGCUGUUGUCGGAAGCCAAGCUGUUAUCACUGGUACCUUCUCGAUCAUCAAGCAGUGCUCUGCAUUGAGCUGCUUCCCUAGGGUGAAGAUCGUUCAUACUUCGUCGAAAUUUCAUGGACAGAUAUACAUUCCGGGAAUCAAUUGGAUGUUAAUGACGCUGUGCCUCGCCGUAACUGUUGGUUUCAGAGACACGAGGCGCCUGGGCAAUGCAUCAGGGUUAGCUGUGAUUACCGUCAUGUUGGUUACAACCUGCUUGAUGGCCCUUGUGAUAGUUUUAUGUUGGCACAGGAGCAUCUUUUUCGCUGUAUGUUUCAUCCUCUUCUUUGGGUCGAUUGAGACAUUGUACUUCUCUGCAUCCCUCAUCAAGUUCUUAGAAGGAGCUUGGGUCCCAAUUGCCCUUUCGUUCGUCUUCAUGAUAAUUAUGUAUGUAUGGCACUACGGCACACUCAAAAUGCACGAAGUCGACCUCCAAAAUAAGGUCUCCAUCGACUGGCUCCUUGGUCUCGGCCCUAAUCUCGGAAUUGUUCGUGUGCGAGGCAUUGGCCUCAUCCAUUCUGAACUUGUAUCAGGAAUUCCAGUCAUCUUUUCACACUUUCUCACCAAUCUCCCAGCCUUUCACCAGGUCCUUGUGUUCCUAUGCAUCAAGUCUGUCCCAGUGCCUUAUGUCCGACCGGAAGAGCGAUUCCUUGUGGGAAGAAUUGGCCCGAAAGAAUACAGGGUAUACAGGUGCAUCUUGCGGUAUGGCUACCGUGAUGUGCACAGGGAUGAUAUCGAGUUCGAGAAGGACUUAAUCUGCAGCAUCGCUGAGUUCAUCCAGUUCAACAUUUCCCAUGCGAGUGGAACACCCGAACGACCAGAAAAGAACAAUGAUAAAAUGAUAGUGGUCGGAGCUGGACUACGAUUAUGUGAAGAAGAAGAGAUGAAUCCAGAUGAUGCAGCUGGUCCCUCGAACUCGAGGGAGAUACAAUCACCAGUUGUGAGAAGGAAGAAGGUGAGAUUUGUUUUGCCUGAGAGCCCCUCGCAUAUCAGUACCAGCGAGAGGGAGGAACUUCAGGAGCUGAUGGAAGCAAGGGAAGCCGGGAUGGCAUUCAUUUUGGGGCACACCGAGUUGAAGGCAAAGAGCGGAUCCGGUUUGAUCAAGAGAUUUGCGAUCGAUAUCGGGUAUGAUUUCUUAAGGAGGAAUUGCAGGGGGCCUGCCUAUGCGGUGAACAUUCCUCAUGCAUCUACUUUAGAAGUCGGAAUGGUUUACAAUGUUUGAGUGCUCAAUGAGAAUGUACAUCACAGUUGUCAGUGUAAAUUCACAUAGGUAUUCAGUUUCAGCAUGAGAGGAAUUGUUUUCGGUAGAUCUUUUAGUAUCACGGAAACAAUUACAUGUUAAAAA